GAAAUACCAAACGGGGCUGCUUGGUCUGGCUUUGGAUUUGGGCAGCCGGGGCGGCUACCGGCGGGGUGCCGGGGUUGUUCCGGCGACUAUGGGGACUGCUCCGGCGGGGGCAGCGGGCCCGAGGGUCGAUUCUUUGGGCUCGAUUUCCCGCAG